UAACGGCCGGCACUGCGUUGUGCUGAAUGGUACGUUCCGGAGCGCCGGGCGGAAGUGGACCCUUCUUCCCUUGGUGUGGAAGCGAGGGGGAUAAUGGCGGCCCCGGGGUGUCUCACACUUUUCAUCUCAGCCUUAAUAUUCGUGACACGCAUAUGGGCUCUGACUCCUAGCCAUUAUCUCACAAAACAUGAUGUUCACAGGCUACGAGCUUCCUUGGAGCGUCCUUUCACUGAUUUGGAAGGAAGCUAUUAUUCCAUUGUAGGACUGAACAAAUUGGGAGGCCAAGUGACUGAUGAAAAGGCUGCCUGUAAUUUCAUUAAAUCCAAGGUGGACCCCAAUAGUGUUGAUUCCCUCUUCUACGCUGCACAGGCCAGCCAGGCGUUGUCUGGAUGUGAAAUUGCCAUUUCAAAUGAGACCAGAGAGCUGCUACUUGCAGCUGUCAGUGAAGAUUCUUCAGUCACCCAGAUCUACCAUGCCGUCGGAGCCUUGAGUGGCUUUGGCCUCCCUCUCGCUUCCCAAGAAGCCCUGACUGCCCUCACGUCUCGUCUUAGCAAGGAAGAGAAUGUCUUGGCAACAAUCCAAGCUUUACAGACAGCAUCAUAUUUAUCCCAGCAGGCAGACUUGAGAGGCAUUGUGGAGGAGAUAGAGGAUCUUGUUGCCCGACUGGAUGAUAUAGGCGGAGUGUAUCUACAAUUUGAAGAAGGGCUUGAAACAACUGCAUUGUUUGUGGCUGCUACAUACAGACUUUCUGAUCAUGUAGGCACAGAGCCAGCAAUGAAAGAGGAUCAGAUCAUCCAGCUAGUCAAUGCAAUUUUCAGCAAGAAGAACUUUGAGACACUUUCGGAAGCGUUCAGUGUGGCAUGCGCUGCAGCUUCCCUGUCCCAGAAUAAUUAUCAUUUGCCAGUCAUUGCAGUCCCUGAGGGGGCUUCUGCUGUCUCUCACCAUCAGCCCAUACUCAAGCUCCAUGUGACAAAUGUUAUGUCGCAGCCUCUGACUCAGGCAAGUGUGAACUUGGAUCAUGCGAAAUCUGUCGCUACGAAAGCCACUGUUCUUCAGCAGUCUGCCUUUGCCCUGUCCGGAGAUGUCUUUGAGCUGAAUUUCAUGAGUGUCAAGCCUGCCAGCGGCUAUUACGAUUUUGCAGUCAACAUUGAUGGGGAUAGUCGAUUUAUUGCAAACAAAGUUGAGUUGAAAGUCAAGGUCUCAACAGAAGUUGGCAUUACAAAUGUGGAUCUCUUUACUGUGGAUAAAGAUCAGAGCAUUGCACCGAAAACAACCAGAGUCACUUACCCAGCCAAAGCCAAAGGAGCCUUCACUGCUGACAGCCAUCAGAAUUUUGCCUUGUCCUUCCAGCUGGUUGAUGUGAACACUGGAGCAGAACUCAUCCCUCAUCAGACCUUUGUACGGCUUCACAAUCAGAAGACUGGGCAGGAGGUGGUGUUCGUUGCAGAACCAGACAGCAAAAACAUCUACAAGUUUGAGCUGGACACUUCAGAGAGAAAGACCGAGUUUGAUUCAGCCUCUGGAACCUACACUCUUUACUUGAUCAUUGGUGAUGCUACUCUGGAAAACCCAAUCCUCUGGAAUGUGGCGGAUGUUGUCAUCAAAUUCCCAGAAGAAGAUGCUCCAUCUACAGUCCAAUCAAAGAGCCUUUUCAUUCCCAAGCCGGAGAUUCAGCACCUGUUCAGGGAACCUGAGAAAAGGCCUCCCACUGUGGUGUCGAACACAUUCACAGCCAUGAUACUCUCCCCACUGCUUUUACUCUUUAUUCUGUGGAUAAAGAUUGGAGCCAACAUUUCCAACUUCAGCUUUGCUCCCAGCACCAUUAUCUUUCACCUGGGUCAUGCAACAAUGCUGGGGCUCAUGUACGUUUACUGGACUCAACUCAAUAUGUUCCAGACCUUGAAGUACCUGGCUAUUCUUGGCAGUCUUACCUUCCUUGCAGGCAACAGAAUGUUGGCUCAUAAAGCAGUGAAAAGAACACACUAAAGAAAGAACCAAUAUGAGCCAGAAAGGAACGGAGCCAAAGAAGAGUUUGAAGAACAGAAAAUGAAAUGUGGAAAAUAAUUGAAAAUUGUAAUAUUGAAAAGAUUGCUUUAAAAAAAAGUUUUCCAACAUUUUGUGUUUAGUUGAAUGUCUUAAAUGGUUUGAAUUAUGACAUAAACAUCUUGUCAACCACCAAUUGUUUUAGAAUCUGAUGGGCUCCCAAAUUGUCAUUUUUUUGACUUUUUUUUUCUACUGUCUCCUUUAUGAAAUAAAGAGGAUGAGACAAAA